AGUUAAAUACUAGAAGGGGUAAUAGUAAUAUUCCAGCUAAGCAUAUUCACCUUCCUUUUGUUCUUUCCAAUCUCCACUCUCAAUAUUCUCAGAACUCUCUUCUGCUUUUCACUGUUUCAGUUUGUUCUGGUAAUAAUGGAAUCAUGUAGGUGAAUGAAUGCUGUGUCCCUGAUGAAGGGCAGGAUAGUCAUUUCACCUGACAUGUGAAACCAUCUUGAAAUAAUACUUGCAGCAUUCUUGGUGUUUUCUCUUUCAUUAAAUCAAUUCUAGAAUCACAAGUGUUCUGGAAAUUUUACAUUCUUCACUGGUCAGGUUCUCACAUGCAUCAUUGGUUGUUGGAUUGAGGAAACAAUAUUUGUCUGAUUCAUUGCAAGCUACAUAGGCAAGAACUAAGCUGAAGUUCAGAAUUCACUAUGGACUGUGCAUAGGUAGUGAGAAAAUGAGUUACUGAUGAAGGAAACAGUUUUCAUGAGAGUUUUGUUCUGCAAGAUCCAGUGUCCAUUCAUGUGCUUCUGCAAGCCCUCUGCCGUGCAUCUUUACGCAUCAGGGCCAUUGAAAUUGGAGAACGCUCCACACGUUUUUCCUUCAACGGUGUCUGAUGAUGUUUCUGAUGAGUCUUCAUCGUCAUCGUCGUCGUCAUCAUCAUCAUCUGGUCUGAAAGAGGAGGAUGUGGAUGUGAAGCAUGAGGCUGAGGUUGUGCUCAAGAGCUGUCUCAGGAAGCUCCCGUCUCGGCCUGACAGAGAUGUCGAGAAGAAAAGGGUGCGAUGGAGGGAUAGCUUAGGGAAACAACUUGUUGAAAUCAAGGAGUUUGAAUCCAGGGGAUACCGAUAAUGAAGAGGAAAGCAGCCGUUGUCUCUGUGUAAUCCUCUGAUGCUGCUCAACCAGUUCCAAACUCAUGAUCCGGCAAUCACCACAAACCUGACGAGAUUAUAUAGCUUCUGUCUGGACAACCUCAUUACUCAAAAGAGAAUGUGGUCGAACGAAGACCAUAUUUGGCUACAUCAACUACCGGCCCUCCCUCCCUUGUGAUCGAGUCCAAGAAUUUGAACUAAGACUUGAACUGACUGCUAUUCGGAUGGAGUGAUCAAGAUGUAAUUUCUGUGACAUGUGUAACCAUCCUUGAUUCAUUGUAGCGAAAAUGAUAUGAAAUGUAAACAUCUUUAGUGCUAUUGCGUUUCAAGCCUUUGUUCUGGCCUA